AUGACUAAUGAAGCCAUGUCUAAGGAGGUGCAAGUUGCUAAAGGGGUGCCUAUUCAAGAGCCUGAAGCACCACGACCUCAGAAGCUCCAAGAGGAGACCAAGGACGAGAAGUUCUCUCAGUUCUUGGAAAUCUUUAAAAAGUUACAAAUCAAUAUUCCUUUUGCUGAGGUUUUGGAGAAAAUGCCUCCCUAUGUAGCUUUCAUGAAAGGCUUACUCUUUGAGAAAAAAGCCUUAAAGGGAGAUGAAACAGUGGUGCUGUCCAAGGAAUGUAGUGUACUCAUUCAGAGCAAGCUACCUAAGAAGAUGCCAGAUCCAGGGAGCUUUCAGAUUCCUUGUACUAUUAUGAAUAUUACUUUUGUCAAAGCUCUUUAUGACCUUGGCUCUAGUAUCAAUCUGAUGCCAUUGCUUGUGAUGCGGAAGCUGCAAGUUCAAGAGGCACAGCCUACAAGGAUAGCACUGCAGAUGGCAGAUAAGUCUCUGAGGCAUGCACAUAGACUAGUGGAAAAUGUCUUGGUCAAGGUUGGAGAGCUAUUCCUCCCUGCAGAUUUUGUCAUACUUGAUAUGGGAGAGGAUGUAAAUGACUAUAUCAUACUAGGAAGACCAUUCCUGGCUACUAGAAGAGCUUUAAUUGAUGUUGAGAGAGGUGAAUUAGUCUUGAGGCUGUGA